AUGUGUGAACUCGCGGAAGUGUCUCAAAAAGUCUGGUCAUCCUGGUUUCUAGACGCAAUUACGAAAAUUCGUUCGCAAAAGCAGCGGCCUAGUGUUGAAAGGAUUUGUCAUGCGAUAAGACAACACCACAACAAUUACCACGAAGACGUUAUCGCCGAACAUUUAGAAGCUUCAGUUAAAGAAGGGGCCGUGCUGAAGGUGUUCAACAAAGGCCAGAGUUCCUAUAAAGACCCAGGUGGCUUGCAGAAUAGGACUUUGAAAAUAGAACAGGGGGUCGAUUUGACGAAAGUUGUUACCAAGGCAGUCCGCGAAUUAGGUGAACGGGACGGUUCUACAUUAAAAUCCGUUGAGAAGUACAUCAGGCAGUCUCAUACCAUCGAGGAGACCACCGAAAAUGAUCUGAAAGGGGCCAUACGAAGUGCUAUCAAACGCGCGGUUAAUAGAAGUUUCGUCUUGCAAGAUGGUAAAAGCUUCAAAUACAACUACAACCACCAGAGCCCCGGAAUCAAGAAACGGCAAGACGGUUCUAGAAGACUCUCUCAAAAUCACGACGACCUGAAUUCACAAAUCAAGAUCCCCGUGCCUCUGCCAAUAUGCACGGAAUGCCUGGGCACGGAGUCCAAGAACCGGCACGGCGCCUUCGAGAAGUUGAGCGGUUGCGACGAGUGUGGCGCUCUGGUCCAUCUCACUUGCACAACUACGGGGCCGGAAUUCGCCGCGCUCUUGGCCAAGGGGGCCAAGUGGGUCUGCGAGGAUUGCAAAGUGUGCGACGGAUGCGGUAACAGCGGCGUCUCGACGUGUCUGCUGUGCUGCUGCGACUGCGAGCGGAACUACCACCUCGACUGUCUCGAUCCGCCGGCGGAAAAGAAGCCCAAGUGUCCGUGGCGGUGUCGGUACUGCCUCGGUCAUCAUCAGAAUGCGCCGAAGGCGAGGAAGAGCGAGCCGGGCAGCGCGGUUAGAAAAAAGAUCGACAAGGUUCGUGAGAAGUUGAAGGAGAAGAACCAGAAAUCAAAGGAAAGUGCGACAAUUUCGACACCGACUUCAGCACCUUCAGUUAUCCCCACCGACCAAGACAACAUGAAUUGCAAGAAUCAAGAUUCCACACCUUUCGACGAGAGCGACGCUGUCAGCGAGAAUGAGGGUACGCCAAAUCCCACCAGAAACACACAUCCUCUUCAUAAAUCCACUUCUACUCCCGUCCCCCAUGACACAGACCAAUUACUGCAGGCCAACGAUCGCAUGUCCAAAGAAAAACAGAAGUUUUUCAGAAGUUCUGUCUUCAACGAGGAAAAGAAGAAGAUCAAAAAAUCUCAACCUUCGAGAAAGUCCACUAGAAACGACAAUCCCGAGAAUAAAAUGGCUGUUGCAAGUGAUCAGAAAGUUGAAGCCGUUAAAAACUCAGAGAACAAUGCUUCGAAAACUAGAUCGAAUAAAAAAGUAGCAACACACAAGAAAGAUGACACUAAACAACAGACAAAACCGAAACAAACCAAGAGAAAGCCAAGCCCGAAACUUCAAAACCCUGAAGAAGAGGGAGAAGAAAGUGCCUUGGACGAAGAAGAAGAUAGCUCAUCCGAGGAUGAUUCUUCUUCCGGGUCCUCCUGCUCCUCAGAAUCCGAUACAGACUCUUCCGUCGCCAACUCAGAUUCCAUGACGAGCAUCAGAAACGUCAAAAUCCCGGAAUCUUUUUGCGCGAAUAGCGACACCAAAAAGACCUUCGGCACUUUAGGGGGCAUCACCGUAGACAAAGACACCCCCUGGGGCUUCGCUGCCGAAGCCAACAAAAAACCACCCGACAAACCCACCGAGAAUCUUUUUAUAACAGCCCUGAAAGAAGAAGGGCUGAUCAAAGACGCCGAAGACAAGGCUCCGGGCUUCGGCCAGUUGAAGGGGCUAUUUGAUGGCCUUUCGCAUUUUUUUUCGGCCCCUUCCGAGAGCAGAGCCAGUCGCACUCAGCCCAACUACAACCCUAACAGAAGAAAACAGAAGCAGGAGGAAGAAGAAGUCGAAGACGCGAAGAGCAAGGACGAGGAAGUAGAGACACCGAGAAAGACCGAUGCGAAAGCGAAAACCGAGAAAGCGAAAAGCAAGGUCGCUUGUGAGACGUCGAACUCGAAGGUAGAGACUAAGGCCGAGGUAAAAAUGUCGGAUCCGCCCGAGUCAGCGCCAUCUUCCCCUAGAAGCGAGCUGACGCCUUCGGGAUUGGUCAAGACGGCCGUGAACUCGAAACAGCACGAGACUAGGAAGUCGAUAAAGUCGGAGAGUGCAAAGGGCAGUGCGAUAUGCGCGCCACAAAAGGCGAAAAAACGCGGUCAAAGUUCGGCUGCUGAUGUCUCGUUUAACGACAGUCUGACGGUCGAGCCGAAGCUGCAGACGCUGCCACCAGGCGUCACCCAAAAGGACGUCGAAACGUUCAGGGAGACGAGGGAGCGGGCGGCGGCGGCCACGGCGGCGCUGCUGCUUGCCGCCCCCGAGCCGGCUGCCCCCGCAACACCCGUCCCUGCUCCCGCCCCUGCUGUUCCUUCCGAAGGCGGGAUCGGGGCGGUGCUGGGGUCGCCCUCGCAAGCGAUGAUCGCCCAAAAGAGGUGCCCUGCCGCUAUAGAAUUCGGAAAAUACGAGAUCCAGACCUGGUAUUCGAGCCCCUUCCCGCAGGAGUACGCGCGAUUGCCGAAAUUGUUCCUCUGCGAGUUUUGCCUCAAAUAUACGAAGAGCAAGGCUGUACUAGAGAGGCACCAAGACAAGUGCACGUGGCGACAUCCUCCCGCUACCGAAAUCUACCGCUGCAAGGAGCUGUCAGUGUUCGAAGUCGACGGCAACGUCAACAAGAUCUACUGUCAGAACUUGUGCCUGCUGGCAAAGCUAUUCCUCGACCACAAGACCCUUUAUUACGACGUCGAGCCCUUCCUGUUCUACGUGCUGACGGUGAACGACAAGAAGGGCUGCCACCUGAUCGGGUACUUUUCCAAGGAGAAGCACUGCGUACAGAAGUACAACGUGUCGUGCAUCAUGACGAUGCCGCAGUACCAGCGGCAGGGGUACGGCAGGUUCCUCAUCGAUUUCAGCUACCUCCUGUCCAAGGAAGAAGGCCAACCCGGCACCCCGGAAAAACCCCUGUCCGACCUCGGCAAAGUAUCCUACUACGCCUACUGGAAAUCCGUCGUGCUCGAAUACCUCAACGACCACCGCGACGAAAAACUCGACUUAACCGCCAUCAGCAAAUCCUCCGGCAUGUAUUGCCACGACAUCGCUUUAGCCUUGCAAUUGCUCGGCUUCAUCAAGUACCUGCCGACAGACGAGGGAGAAAAGUCAGUUAUUUGCGUGGAUUGGUCCAAAGUUGACAGCCAUGCGGAGCGCGUUUCUAAAUCAAGAACGCGCAUCCCGAUCGAUUACGAAUGUUUACGCUGGACGCCCCUAGUUUCCUCCGCUAUAAACCCCUUCAGGCGAGAACCCAAAUCAGACGAGGAAAAAGACCAAAGUCCCGUAAAAGAAACGGCGGACAUUGUGGUACCGAUGCAGGAGAAGAUAAUAAUCGAGACUCCGGGCGUGAAGUUGAAAAGAGGGAAAAAGCGAAGGAUUUCGGUCGCCCCGAAGACCCCGAGAGCCGCCAAGACUCCGGUGGUGGUUCCGGUGGAAAGUUCCGGGAACGUCGAAGAGGUGGAGAUCACGUCGUCGGGCAGGAAGCGGACGCGGCCGAGCAAGUUCAACGAGACGACUUUCGCGGACGCCAAGCCGAAAACGACCGUUGCGGACGCCAAGACGAAAACGGCUAUAGCAGACGCUAAACCGAAAGUGGUCGAGGAAAGUGUGGGGAAGAGGAAGCGUGGGGAGGAGGCUUCGGAGAGGAAGAGGGCGAAAGUUGAGGAGGAUAAGGGUGAGAAGGUGGAGGAGGGUGGGACGGCCGAUGUGAGGACUCCUCGAAGGGGUGCUGCCAGAGUGGCCGAACAAACUCCGAAGACGUCGCAGACGGUUGACGAGCUCUCCAAGUUGACCACACCAAAUUCCAACAAUAGACCAAAGAGACUUGCUGCUACGAAAGAAAAAGUCGUAGGUGAACGAUGGUCUCAGAGACGGGUCAAGAAACAACGAGAAUUGGAGGAGAAAGAAAAAGAAGCUAAAGACUCAGACAUACCCAAAACCGAAGAGACUGUUGCUUUGGAAGAACCUCCAAAACUGGAAAAACCAGUCGAAGUUAAGGAGAACAAGGAACCCGCAGAAGAAUCCAUUGAUGUCACCCCAGUCGCACCUCAGCAGGCUCAGAAACGUGUGAGAACAGUCAAGAAAAAACGAGGCUGGGUGAAGGGUAGAGCUCGAGGAAAACUCUCAGACAAAAAACAAUUGAUUUUGCCUGAUCUCAUCAAGAAUAUGCUUCGGAAGGAUAGCGAGAGCGAAUCAGUGAUUUCCGAUAAGUCAGACAUGGAAACUAUGGAAAAAGAAGUCCCGAACACGAAUACACCCCAGUCCCCGGAAAAGGAGAGGGUCAAAAAUAGAAAAGAAGAAAAAAUCAGGAGAGCCUCGAGAAUAUCCACCGAGGAAGAUUCCAGCGCUGAAGCCGAUGACGAAAUGGAAAACGACGAGCUACCAGUGCAAAAAGAAAUUUCCCCCAACAGCAAAUACAAAUUCACCAAAACCACCCCUACGAAAGAUAAAAACAACGCUGCGGCACACGUUCAGAAAACGCCACCCAAAAUCAGCGAAGAACUCAAAACUAUUUCGCCGAAAGAAAAACUCAACUCGCCGUUGUAUACGACAACUUCCGAAUCCGAGAUGGAAAUCGACGGUCAAAAGAUCAAAACCAUUUCUCGAAGGGAAGUCUACGAGAACAAUCUGACGAUGGCGCGCAUGAAACAGGCAGAAACGAUUUCUCUACCCGUCAAAGAAGAGCCGAAAAUUAUCGAAAGCGAACAACAGGUAGCUCCCUCUAGCGCCCUGGAAAUUGAGAAGGAAAUCGUUGAGGAUAUAUCGUUGGAUGCUGGAAAUUCGUCAGUGGAAUCAGGAAGGAAGUCCACCGAUAUGGAAAUCGAGAAAAUGGAACAUAAUGAAACGAACACCAUCAUAACGCCCGACCGAAAAUCGCCGGUCAAAGAAAUGCAACAGGUUGAAGAAGUUCAACAGGUUAACGAAGUGCAACAGGUUGAAAGAGUGCAGCAGGUUGAAAGAGUGCAACAGGUUGAAGAAGUUAAACAGGUUAAUGAAGUGCAACAGGUUGAAAGAGUGCAGCAGGUUGAAAGAGUGCAACAGGUCGAAAACGUGCAACAGGUCGAAAGAGUGCAACAGGUCGAAAAAGUGCAACAGGUCGAAAAAGUGCAACAGGUCGAGAAAGUACAACAGGUCGAGAAAAUUCAACAGGUUGAAGUGAAAAAAGUGGAGGAAAGUGUACCUCUGAUGGAGAAUAAACAGGAUACUGAGCAAAUAGUUCCUCGAAAAUGUGAAGCUGUCGACGGCAAUACUUAUGAACCGCAAGAAGAGAAGAAAACUGCACUAGAUCCUAAUAUUGUACUUGUGCCAGAAAGUGAUAAGGAGCCUGUACCAUUCGAUGACAUAAAUAAGGUGGAUGCGCCAAUCGAAAAUAUAAUUAUACCGCUAUCGGAAAAAAUCGGCGUUAAGAAGGAGGUUCACGAAACGCCUUUAGUAAUCAGCCACCCGGUAGAAAUACCGACGACUUCAAACCAAGCAAUCAAUCAAAUUCACACUGCAGACGUCGCAACUUCAAGCCAAAGAACCGCAGAAGUCGCAACUUCAAGCCAAAGAAUCGCAGAAGUCGCAACUUCAAGCCAAAGAACCGCAGAAGUCGCAACCUCAAUCCAAAGAAGAGAAGAAACGAUACAAGAAAUUGUGGCUGAGAAAUUCGUGGAAAAACUGGAACAAAACUACUCGCAGAAAGAGAUGGCACAUAUUGGGCAUGAUACCAAGCCGGAUGUGCAAGAAUUCAAAAAAGUCUCGACUAGUGAACCGCAAACUGAAACACGCGUGAUCCACAACAGCAAUCACAAUAUCGUGCCCUCUGAAUUUGUCAGCGAAAAACUCAUCACAACAAGUCAACAUUCAAUGAUGGGCAAUCAGUAUAACGAACAAUCAGUGAUCAAAAAACAGGUCAUGGAAAGAACAUUGCCUCGGUUACCAGCUCAACAACCUUCAUCGCAACAGAAUCCCAUUCAAUCACAUCCAAACCAAGUCCAACAACCAUUGCCUCAGCAACAGAAUACCAUCCCGGUUUGCCAUCAGAGUCAAGGAAAUCAGUCGAUUUACGUACAGCCAGAGCAACAUUUGCAAAGUACAAAACAUGCUUCUGCAAUGCCUCAACAAGGAAAUGCCAUCCCUGAAAAGUCUUCUCCUAAAGAACUGAAACAGCCCACUCAAAUGAACCCGAAGGAAGUGAGGUUAAAGGAGGAACAGAAAGCAGCUGCGAAACAAGAGACAAUCAGAUCGGAGAGCAGAUCUAAACCGGAAAAGUACGAGGAGAAACGUUACCACCAAAAAAUCCCCCACGAAGAAAAACCCACCUACGACAUACAAAAAAUGCACAUGGACAGCGAAAGUCUGCUCGCCAACGCCAUAGCCACUCAAAACUACCAUCACAUGACGCAAGCGCAACUGCCUUGGCAAUGGGACAGGCUCACCUGGGGCAAAAGUAUCUACUAUGACAACAAAAGGGAUUUCCAAGGUUACCACAUGAUCCCCCAGUUCGCUCCUUUGGACAUGCUACCCAAACAGCCUAGUUGCGAAAAGGAGAAACACGUCACCAAAUCGCACAAACAUUCGAGUCAAAGCAGCAGCUCGAGAGCCAGAGACCCCUCGAGGGAAAAACACCCCUCUCCC